GACUUCUUUUUUGACAUAAUAUUUCUUGCAGUUUUAUACUCUAGCUCUCUUUUUUGCAUCAAACACUUACAGUUAUAUCACUUCUUUGGACACAGGAAUUGGCUUUGCAACUGGAGUGAUAUUUGCAUGUGUCAUCAUUUUUGGCUAUAAAACUACAAUACUGGUGUCCCGAAUGAUUAACAGGAAAAUGAAGAAAGAUCCGAAUUUAGAGACUUAUUUAAAGAACUAUGGAUCACUAGCUCCAAAGAGAUAUCAAUGUUCUGAUAUCAAGAAAAUAACCAAUUCAUUCAGGGAGAAACUAGGUGAAGGAGGCUUUUGCAGUGUGUAUAAAGGAAAGCUGGAAGAUGGUCGUCUUGUGGCCGUGAAGGUUCUUAAAGUUGACAUAAGUAAAGGAAAUGGAAACGAGUUCAUAAAUGAGGUCAUCAGUAUUAGCAGAACAUCCCAUGUUAAUAUUGUCUCCCUUCUGGGAUAUUGCUAUACCAGAAAGAAGAAAGCUCUGCUCUUUGAAUUUAUGCCGAAUGGUUCUCUUGAAAAGUUCAUACACGAUGAGAAUAUUUCAACUGCAGGGCACCUUCCAUGGGAGAAAUUGCAUGAAAUUGCAGUAGGAAUUGCUCGAGGGCUUGAGUACCUCCAUCGAGGCUGCAGUACAAGGAUCUUGCAUUUUGACAUAAAACCUCAUAAUAUCCUUUUGGAUGAAGAUUUUUGCCCCAAAAUCUCUGAUUUUGGGCUUGCAAAACUAUGUCAAAAAGAGAGUAUAUCAAUGUUGGAUGCUAGAGGAACAGUUGGAUAUAUAGCCCCAGAAGUGUUUAGCAGGAACUUCGGGAGAGUUUCACACAAGUCUGAUGUGUAUGGUUUUGGAAUGAUGGUACUAGAGAUGGUAGGAGGAAGAAGGAAUGUUGAUAUUGAUGCAGACCACAGUAGUGAGAUAUAUUAUCCACACUGGGUCUACGACCGUCUCCAGCAGGAAAACAGCCUAGGAUUGCAUGGUUUAAUGACAAGCCAAGAUAAUGAAAUUGCAAAGAAGAUGAUAAUAAUAGGGUUGUGGUGCAUACAGACCUACCCAGUACAGAGGCCAUCAAUGAAUGAGGUGUUGUUUAUGCUGGAAGCGAGCGUGGAUGCCCUGAAAAUCCCACCUAAACCUUUCUUAUAUACCCCUUCAAGAACUCCUAUAGACCUUUAUACCGCUCCAAUAGCAUGA